AGCCUCCUUAAGCACUUUCUCGCCAUUCCGCCUGCCUCAUCACUUCUCUCUCCAAGAAAGAGCUUCGAGUGAGCGCUCGAGCCCCACUCGCACUGACGCAGAUCGAAGAAGAAGAAGAAGAAGAAGAAGAAGAAGAUGGAGACGAAACCAAGCGAGAUCAGCAGCUCCAAGAUGUUCGGGGGUUACAACAGGAGAUACAAGCACUUCAGCCCCACCCUCGGCUGCUCCAUGAACUUCCACAUCUACUUCCCUCCUUCCCCUCCUUCCUCCCCCUCUCCCAAGUUCCCCGUGCUGUACUGGCUGUCUGGGCUCACCUGCACGGACGAGAAUUUCAUUGUGAAAUCCGGAGCUCAACGCGCCGCUUCGAAGGAGGGCAUUGCCCUGAUUGCGCCCGAUACGUCUCCAAGAGGCUUGAAUGUGGAAGGAGAAGCAGACAGCUGGGAUUUUGGCGUAGGUGCUGGGUUUUAUCUUAAUGCUACCCAAGAAAAGUGGAAGAACUGGCGUAUGUAUGAUUACAUUGUCAAGGAAUUGCCCAAUCUUCUGGCUGAGAAUUUCCCACAGCUUGAUACAGCAAAGGCAUCUAUAUUUGGUCAUUCAAUGGGAGGACAUGGUGCUCUAACGAUCUACCUAAAAAAUCUGGACAGAUAUAAGUCGGUCUCUGCCUUUGCUCCAAUUGGGAAUCCUGUAAACUGUCCAUGGGGCCAGAAGGCUUUUACCAACUAUUUAGGUGGAAAUAAAGCUGAUUGGGAGGAAUAUGAUGCUACUUGCCUAGUUGCAAAGUUCCAUGAUGUGUCUGCUACCAUUCUAAUUGAUCAAGGGGAAGAUGACAAAUUUCUGCACAAUCAACUGUUGCCAGAUAAGUUCUCGGAAGCUUGCAAGAAACAUGGAGUCCCAGUUCUUGUGCGGUUGCAGCCAGGUUAUGAUCAUUCCUUCUUCUUUAUUGCCACCUUCAUCGACGAUCACAUCCUCCAUCAUGCCCAAGCCCUCAACCUGUAGAUUUUGGGCCUAGCGGUCUCCGAGAAUAUAUAAUUGUCUUCUGUUGCACGCUGGAAUGGGGGUACUCAUCUUGUUGAAGUGGCUGUUUGCUUCAUACCCUGUUUUAUGAAGUUGCAAGUGACGCCCGUCAUAUGAUGUCGGGUCGGUACAAGAGUUUGUGGGUUUGCUGAAACGGAAGUAUUUUAGUUUCCCUUGUCAAUAUGCGAGUCUUAGCUUCAAAGAGGGGCUGAUUCCAUUUGAAGUUUGAAGAGCACGCUCCAAUAAUAGUACAUAACGAGGUUUCAUUUUCCUUU